AUGGCCCGGGACACCUUACCUCAGCCUACCCAUCGACACCGAUCAAAGUCAGCAGUUCGUGGCCGGAGUCCAGAUCCAAAGUCGCUGAAGAAAGCAGCAGCAAGAGCCCGCAAGGAAAAGGAAGCAGCAGCUUUCAUCACACCACCACCCAAGCGCAAGAACCGAAGCCCAGGAGCAUCAGGUUCUUCAGGUGCCAAGUCUUCCAAGCCAGACCCAAGAAGGAUUUCCUUUAGUGGGAAAAACACUGUGCACCCGAUCGAAGCUGAGAACCAGCCACCCAAAGAGAUAAGCCCUGAUGAAGACACCGGCAAAAAGAAUGUCGACCAGUCCAACGAGUCUUCAUCGGACGAGGCAAGUAAGAAGACCGAGAAAGCAAAACGCAAGAAGGCAGAGAAGAAAGCUGCAUCAGAGAAAAGAGAGGCUGAGAAGAAGGAGGCAGAGAAGAAGGAGGCAGAGAAAAGAGAGGCUGAGAAGAAGGAGGCUGAGAAGAAGGAGGCUGAGAAGAAGGAGGCAGAGAAGAAAGCUGCAGCAGCGAAAAGAGAGGCUGAGAAGAAGGAGGCUGAGAAGAAGGAGGCUGAGAAGAAGGAGGCAGAGAAGAAAGCUGCAGCAGAGAAAAGAGAGGCUGAGAAGAAGGAGGCAGAGAAGAAGGAGGCAGAGAAAAGAGAGGCUGAGAAGAAGGAGGCAGAGAAGAAGGAGGCAGAGAAGGAGGCAGAGAAGAAGGCUGCAGCAGAGAAGAGAGAGGCUGAGAAGAAGGAGGCAGAGAAGAAAGCAGCAGCAGAGAAGAAAGCAGCUGGCAAGACAAACAAGACCGACAAGGCAGGAAGGAAGAGUGCAAAGGCAGGAGAGGAGAAGGACGUUUCAGAGGACUCGGAUGAGGAAACAAAUGAUGAAGAAUCGGCUUCCAGCAAGUCUGACAGUGAUGAUGAUCACGAGAGCAGCAGCAGCAGCAGCAGCAUGGAGCAGUGGUCAGACGAGGAAGAAAGUGAAAAUGAGGAGGAUGAUGAGAAGAGCCAGGAAGAGUCAAGUGAGAAGGAUGGUGAGGAGACGGAAGGAAGUUCUUGUGAGACACCAACGGAGACAUCCACCACCAAGCCUGGGAUCUUGAAGACAAGCACCCAGCCAGACCAGAAGGAUGACAGCAACGCAAGUGAUGAGGAGGAUGAUGUCUCGACCUCACAGGUCACCUUAGAGUCCGAGGACAGUCAGAGUGAUGAGGCAAGCGAGAAGAAGAGAAAGAACAAGAAGAAGAUCUCCAGGACUGGCAAUCAGAAGAAAAAGGGAGAGAAAAGGGUUAAGUCUCAGAAGACAAAGGCUGAGAAGGCAGAAAACGAGGCAGGCAAGACCAGCAAGAAGCGAAAUGCAGAUAAGGAAGAUAAGGAAGCCAGCAGGAAGGCGAAAAAGCUUUCUCAGGCUAAAGGGCAGAAAAAUUCCACAACAAACCGCAAGGAAUGGCAAGCUUUUGGCCGUUGGGCCAAAAACAAGAAGCGCUGCCCAGCACAGAUCAUUGACAAGCGCAUGCAGAUGUUCAACGACUACAUGGACCAUGGGAAGGACUUUGCUCAGGUGGAGGCUCUCUUCCAAAGCCGUUUGGAAGAGAGCCAGAAAACAUCGGUCAAGUAUGGAUUUCGAAAUGACCAAUGGUUGAAGAAACACCAUGGGGGCAAAAAGGCCGAAAAGAUUAUGGCCCGAAAGAAAUCCUUGGGGCUGACGAUGGAGGACCCUGAGUUCCCUGGCGAGGAGGAGUACUUGUACUUCGUCCUGGUGGAAUUCAACAUCGAGGACAUCAAGGAGUUGAAAAGAAUCACCCAGUUAGAACUCACAGGUUCUUUGGAUGCUGAUGGUGUGAAGGCCUUUGUGGAGGCUGGCGGAUGCUUGGAUGGAAAGCAACACCUUUCCCUGGGCGACAAGAUGGGUGCUGAUGGCAUCAAGCGGAUGCUGAGCUCUGCUGGGGUUGGGGCUGGGUCCAGUAAGACGCCUAAGAAGAGGAAGGGUGAGAAUGGAAAGGGAAAGGGAAAGGAUGGAGAAGCUGCCAAACCCAAGGAGGCACAAUUCUUACAUUUGUUUUCAUCAAUCACGGGGAAUUCCAUGCAAGGUAAAAGGCUCACUGCAACGUACUUUCACCACCCAUGUUUCUACGGGGCUUGCUUCACCAUCCACCACUGUACAGCGCAGGUGGUACCGGAGACACCUUUGGACAAAGCUGCCACUCUUUUGGCAACGGUCAUGAAGGAGGCCAACAGUUGCCGGAUACCAGGCUGCAUUAACCACAUCAGACCCUCAUGUAAUAUCACUUAG